UUUCCAUUGUGUGAUAAAUCGAUAUUAAAUCAUGUUCUACCGUAACAAAAACAAUAAUCAUGUUAAAAAUUAUAAAUAAGUAUUUUGUUUAAAACAUAACUUUUUUUGUUAAAAAAUUUUGAAUUUGUUUGCUUUAGCGCUUGAAUCGUCAUUACACCCGUAAAACCUCAUAACGUGUUUAUCGUUGAGCAGCUGCACUUGCCACUUUAUACUUGGGUCAUCCACGCAUGCACUCACACGAAAAUCGCUGAACUUGUAACAGUCUUCACUCUGCCCUGUACUGUUACUUAUUGUCAUACAGAACGUAUAUAAUUAAUAUUAUUAAAAGUGCAAUUUAUUGAAGCAUAGAAGUGAAAUUUGUUGUUUGGUUCGAGCUCGUUAAAUUUCGCAGUUAUAUUUUUUACACGUUUCACAACGUAACAUACACAUUUUUACGAAAAAAUAGCAAAUCAGUGCACAAAAUGAAGUGGUUCCAAGGUUCUAUAGCUGAAGCAGUUAAUGCCUCGAAAGCCAAAAAAGCCGUAUUCGUAGUUUUUGUCGAAGGCAAAGAUGACACAUCAAAACGAGUAGCUGAGAGCAUAGAUUCUCCGCAAGUUUCUUCAAAACUCGAAUCUGAAGACUUUGUUGCUAUCAAGUUGCAAAGUGAUACAGAAAAUUACACAUUUUUUGCUCAAAUUUAUCAACUUGUUCCUGUACCAUCUAUUUUUUUCAUUGGUGACAAUGGAGCUCCUUUGGAAGUUGUUGGCCAUGCCAUGUCACCCGAUGAUUUGGCUGCAAAAAUUUCCUCAAUUUUGGAAAAAGCAAAACCAGAAAUUAGUCAAUCAUCCGCCAACUUGAUUCAAGCUGAACAACUUGUACAUUCCUCAUUUCGUAGUAAUACCUUGCCUGAUAGUAGCAAAACAUUACCCCAAACAGUUCAGAAUCCAAGCCCUUUAUCAAGCAGUAGCAACCAAACAGCUGAGCCUUCAACGAGUGUUGAAAAUUCAGAAGAUAUUUCUCAGGAGGAAAAAGUUCGACGAGCCAGGCAACUGAUUUAUUUACAACAAAAACAGAAGGAACAAGAAGAAAAAGAAAAAGAAAAAGAAAGAGAAAUGGAAAGAAGGAGAAUGGGCAAAGAUGUUUUGAAAAUGCGGCAAAUGCAGCAAGACAAAGAACUAAGAGAAGCACAAGAAGAAAGAUUGAAAGAAAAAGCUGCUGAUGCAGCUGCAAGAGAAAAAAUAUUGAAACAAAUUGCUGAAGAUAAAUUAGAACGUAAAAAGAAAUAUGAAAUGCACAUAAAGGAAAAAGAAGCUCAGCAAGAAAAAAUUGACGAAGAACGACAAGCUAGACUUCAAGCACAGGCACCAUCUGUUGAUAUGUCUAAAGCUAGAAUUCAAUUCAAGCUUCCUACUGGAAGUAAUAUAACAGGUACAUUUGAAGCCACUGAAACUUUAGGUACUCUUAGAGCAUAUGUCACUCAAAAUGCUCAACUGCCAUUCAGACAUUUUUCAAUGUCAUCAUUUUUCCCAAGAAGAGACUUUACUUCUGCAGAUGAUAGUAAGACCCUUUCAGAAAUGGAACUGGUUCCAUCAGCAACCAUUUUAAUUUUGCCCUUGAAAUCAAGUAACACUGCAUCUGUCAUCAAGUCAUCAGAUGGUGCUGGAAUUUUUUCGCAUUUUUUCUGGACUCUUGUUGCUCCAGUUAUAAGUAUUUACAACUAUAUUUCAAGUUAUUUUACUGGUAACAGAGGAGGUGGUAACAAUAGUGGAAACAGUGGAAAUGCUGCUGCAGGUCCAAGUAGUAGUUCAGGUUUCAGAGGUUUCCCUCCAGCAGCAAGAAGGCUAGGAGGAACAUCGAAAAUUCGCACUCGUGGUAACAUUCGCACUCUCCAUUCCGGGGAUAAUGACGAUGAUGAAAACAACACAUGGAAUGGCAAUUCUACGCAACAGAUGUAAUUAUUUAUAGCUAAUUAAGUUUAAGUGAAAAAUUGAAUUUUUACAACAAUUUAAACGCAAAAAAUUGUAAAUAAUACAUUUGAACUGCACUGUCAAAAAAAGAACCCCAUAUAAUUAAAUGUUCUGAAACAAAGUAAAUUUUAAUCGUUGUAACCAUGGUAUUUAUAAAAUUAUCGUACUUUUGUUAUAUUAUUUUUGCUUUAGUCAAAUUGAUACACUGAGUCGCGGAACUCUGAAGUAUUGGUGAUAGUGACAUCGUAUUAAAAUUAGUUGACAUAAUUCAAAUAUUUUGUAUUUAUUCACGUUGAAUCAGAAAGUAAAGAUAUUAAAUAUAUAAAAAAGUUGAUCAGGAAUUUCUUUCCACCAAAAUACCUCAAUUUCAAUAAAACUAUAUUUUAGAGCCUAUUAUUGCACAUA